AUAUCUCAGUCUGCAACCUGAUUGGCUCGCUCCUCCUCGUGCUCUUCAGAAGGCAGAAAACGCCAGCCAUUCUGUGUCAAUGACUGAUGCUGCCGUUUAAACCACAUCCCUGCUCCGCCGCGCGGCUGGCAUGGUUAUUUUCGCGGAUAUCUAAAGAAACAUUUCUCACCUCUUAAUCCAGUUCACACGCACGCACACACGCGCGAGAGAGAGAGAGGAAAAAGGGCUCGCGGCCAGCUGUGCGACGCGGCGCUGCCUCCCGGUUGAACGGCGGCAGGAGGAUGGCACUGCGCUGGACGGUCUCUCUGUGUUUGUCCUCGGUGGUCUAUUAAGAUUUUAAUUAGCUGAUAACAAACGUUUGACAUUUACGACGGACUCGUGUGGCAGCGACGAUAAACGCACCGCUCUGAUUAUGGAAAAGGAGUCCAGGUUUGAAGACCUCUGAUCAUAUUGGCUUCAAGGCCAUCCAGGCUGCCAUUCAGGCUCGCUGAGGAGGGAGACCAACAGUGAGACUGGAAGACCCUCUUACUACACCUGUACUGUUUUACCCAUCCCUCUCCAUCGCCACCGCCAUGUCUAUACCCAGCAGCAGUCCAGAAAGAGAGAGCUCCGGUGGGGCGCUCCCUCAGCUAGAGUGCCCUUCUUCCCCGCCCGGCAUGGAUCCAGACCCACUGUCAACAGGCAGCCCAGUGCUCAGCCCAGACUCAUCUUCCCAUGAUGCAGUGCUGUCAGCACCAGCGGCCUCCCCAGCAGACUCAGAGAACCUGAGUCCCGAUGAACUGGAGCUGCUGGCCAAAUUGGAGGAGCAAAACAGGUUGCUUGAGGCUGAUUCUAAAUCCAUGCGCUCGAUGAGCGGUUCACGGCGCAACAGCGGCUCAUCACUGGUGUCCAGCUCCUCGGCCUCCUCCAACCUGUCACAUCUGGAGGAGGAUACAUGGAUCCUGUGGGGCCGUAUAGUCAACGAGUGGGAAGAGUGGAGACGCAAGAAGGACAAACUGCUGAAGGAGUUGAUCAGAAAGGGCAUUCCCCAUCAUUUCCGGGCCAUCGUCUGGCAGCUGCUGGGCAACGCCACUGACAUGCCGGUGAAGAACCAGUACUCGGAGCUGCUAAAGAUGUCGUCCCCCUGCGAGAAGCUCAUCCGCAGAGACAUCGCCCGCACCUACCCCGAGCAUGAAUUCUUCAAAGGCCAGGACAGCCUGGGGCAAGAAGUCCUCUUCAACGUCAUGAAGGCAUACUCUCUGGUGGAUCGAGAGGUGGGCUACUGCCAAGGCAGCGCAUUCAUUGUUGGAUUGCUGCUUAUGCAGAUGCCAGAAGAGGAGGCGUUUUGUGUUUUUGUGCGUCUGAUGCAAGAGUACCGCCUGAGGGAGCUGUUCAAACCCAGUAUGGCUGAGCUGGGCCUCUGCAUCUACCAGUUUGAGUAUCUGCUACAGGAACAACUUCCAGAGCUGAACGUCCAUUUUCGAUCCCAGAGUUUCCACACAUCCAUGUAUGCCUCAUCCUGGUUCCUCACCCUUUUCCUCACCUUUCUCCCUCUGCCUGUCGCCACACGUAUCUUUGAUAUUUUCAUGUAUGAGGGCCUAGAGAUUAUCUUCCGAGUGGGCCUGGCCAUCCUGCAGUACAACCAGACUGACCUCAUUCAGCUGGACAUGGAGGGCAUGUCACAGCAUUUCCAGAAGGUGAUCCCUCACCAGUUUGACAGCUGCCCAGAUAAGCUGAUCCUCAGGGCCUACCAGGUUAAAUACAACCCCAAGAGGAUGAAGAAACUUGAGAAAGAAUACACCACAAUCAAGAACAAAGAAAUGGAGGAGCAAAUCGAGAUAAAGAGAUUACGCACAGAAAACAGGCUGCUGAAGCAAAGGAUCGAGACGCUGGAGAAGGAGAGUGCUGCUCUGGCAGACAGACUGAUACAGGGUCAGGUGACGAGGGCACAGGAAGCAGAGGAGAACUAUGUGAUCAAGCGAGAGCUGGCGGUAGUGAGGCAGCAGUGCAACACAGCCAGCGAGAGCCUUGAGAAAGCACAGGACACAAUCAAAGAGCUGCAGCAGCAGAAGUACACAGAGCAGUUUGUGAGCAAUCUGCAGACCCAGCUGGAGCAGUCCAGACUGCGUGAGGCCGAGCUGCUGGGAGCGCUGAAGGAAAUGCAAGACAAGGUCCUCGACCUGGAGAAGAGGAGCAGUUGCCUGCCUGACGAGAACAACGUAGCGGCUCUGCAGGAAGAAGUGAAGCAGAUGAAGCUGAGGGAGCUUGAGACGCUGCGCUCAUUCAGAGAGAUGCAGGACACCGUUACUGAGCUCAACCAGCGCUGGCAGCAUCACAUGUCCCGUGGUAGCGGUACAGGCGGUGGGGGCGGCCACUGGAAGGAAUCCCCGAAGAAGAACGCCAUGAACGAGCUGCAGGACAAACUGAUGACGGUCAGACUCAGAGAGGCGCAGGCUCAGGCUGAGCUCCGAGAGGUCAAACUUAAAGCCCUGCAACUGGAGAGCCAGAAUCAGAUCCACAGCAAGCUGAUUGGUCGCAAUGAGCAGGAACGCUCCGCCCUGCAGGACCGGCUCCAGAUGAUGGCCAAUCAGAACAAAGCUCUCCAGGCCCAACUCAACGAGAUGAAAAGGAAGCAGGCCGAGUUCGACUGCAAGAGUAAAGAGGAGGUGAUGGCAGUGCGACUGAGGGAAGCAGACAGUAUGGCUGCCGUGGCUGAACUCAGACAGAAGAUUGCUGAACUUGAGAUACAGAAGGAGGAAGGAUUGAUCCAGGGUCAGCUGAACCACUCAGACUCCAGACAGUACAUCAGCCAGCUCCGGGACCAGAUCGCUGAGCUCAAGAAUGAGAUCAGGCAGUUGCGAGGACAGAAGGCACCAAGGGUAAGCAGUGGAGGAAGUACCAACUACCAGGACCUCUGUCUGGCCAGCCCUGCCUCUGCUGAAGGGGACUACCUGAGCUCAGAUGACGACCUCCUGCCCAGCCCGCUGCCUGCUAACGCUCUUUACCCCACCCUGUCCGGGCCGUGUCACCCGUCUGCCCGUCUUGACAGCGAGGGCAGCACGGACAGCGAGGCAGAGGAGAGGGUGCGGACACAUCCGGACCCACAGCAGCUGUACGGCAGCAUGGUGUGCGCAGAGGGGCUGGAUAACUGAGACCUGGAGGAGGUGUGGAGGUUUCAUUGUAUUUCUUGACCUAAAAAGACACUGGAGCUCUACAAGACAGGACUGCUACUGUAAACUGGGACUGUAUUAUCCAAUCCAGUCCACCUCCUUGGCUUUUCCAGUGUUUACCUUUAACUUGAUGCAGACAUAGUGGCAUUGAUUGGACCUCUUCAGAUCAUCCCUACCCAUCAUCUCUGCUCCUGUAACUGUUGCCACCAACUUGUUCCCCACACUGUCCAAACAUGUGUUCCCUGAUAAAGAGGUCAUGUAAAGCCUCUCUCCUUGUUCCCACGUGUAACUGCACAGGAAACUGUCCGUCAAAAUACAUAUCCAUCCAAACACAGACAAACAAAAUGGGCUGAAACUGGACCAGGAAGAGUGUUGUUGCUGCUCGCUGCUCGAGGACGACCACUGGACCUGAAUCUGUGACUGUGACCGGGUAGAGUGAAACAUGGGUAGACAGACAGAAAAUGACUCUUCCCUAUAAACUAAUAGACAUUUGACACACUGUCACACCUCCUCUGUCUACCCUUAUAUAACUCUCCUUCCUGAUUGGUUCAGAGUUAAAUACAUCUUUAUCCUCUCUUUUCCCUUUUUAUGCCUCUUAUUAGGAAGACGCACACGAGAAAAAAAGAAAAAAAACCGUCAGCCAUCCAUUUACCUCUCAGUAGACCAAGUGUUAAAAAGAAAAAAAGUGUAGGAAUAUGUACACAUCAAACUGUUGGGAUAUCACAAGAUGGCAUUCAUUAAUGAACCAUGAACACUUUAACAUACUAAAUGUGUGUGUUUUCUGUGUCUGUGGCUUGCAGAUGACAAGAAGGCAAGUGAGUUAAUACAACAUCCACAAAACAUGUUCAUCAUAACCCAGAAACUCAAUGUUGCCAAAUCUUUUGUUUUUGUUUGUUUUUUUAAAUUAUUUAUAUGUUGUAAUUUA